ACACAAAAUAAAACUGGGUGAGACAGUUUUCAACGAACUGUCAUUUUGUAAGGUGAAUGAAAUCACGUAAUUGAGUAACUGUUUAAAAAUAGUAAAAAAUAUAAAUAAUUUUUGUGAAAUAAACUAAAAAAAAGUAAACAUGGCAUCAAGUGAUUUGGAAAAAUCAGCACCGUUAGAUGAUGUGGAUUUCACCAGCGGCUUUGAGACGCAAUACGAACAAGAGUAUCGUCCUCUUAAGCCACAAGUCAUUGUACCCCGCACCCAAGAUCCCAAAACCUUGUGGUAUCGUGAUUUACAAACCAUAAUAAUGGUGUCAUUUAUUGUGGCCAUAUUUCUAUUUGGCACCGUGCUGUUGACCAAAUUGGUCUUCACCUCUAAUCCCCUGUAUGUGUUUGCCAUCACGGCAAUUUAUGUGAUUUUGGCCCUUGUAAUGAUUGUCAUUGAAGUGAAGAGUAUACAUGUGCGUUGAGAGGAGUUCAGAGGAAAUAAAUAAACGUUAAUUUUAAAUUUUAUGUGAAUUUAUUAUUUGCUGAUUUUGUAUAUAUUUUUUUUUGUUUUAAAAUUAUAUUUAAGUGUAGUGUUUAAUUAGGCAGGAAAAAUUUAAUUAAUGAGUUUAUAUAAAGAUUAUUUUGUAAUAAAUUUUUUGAUUGUUUUAAAAAUAUGUUUAUUAAAAUAUUUAAAUUAAUUAAUAAAUUAUGUGCUAUUUGUUAAUUCAAUUAUUAAAGUAUUCGUUAAUAGGUGUGUUUCUAAUGAAAAUGUGUUCCAUGUUUAAAAAUUGAAGCAAUUUGUUGACAAGGUUAUUUAAUUACUCAAUGCAUUAUCAAAUCGUAAAAUAUCGUUAUAGUUCUAUUUAUUACUGCUAAUAUUUGUCAUGUUCGUGGUUUUAUGAUAAAAAUACUGCUUGAUUUGUAAAUUACA